AUGUCAGCUGCAACAACUCAAAUGUCUAUUAGUGCGCUUUUGAAUCCACCACAACAAAAUAUAGGCACAAAAGAUGCACGCCAAAAUCUUAACCUACCACUUCACAAAAUGCAAAUCGAUGAUACACACAACGGCAAGCACCGUCAGAAGAGAGGAGCAAACUCGCCGAGCCAUAGCGAUCAUGUCCAGGAAAGCUCACUAGGCAUCGAUAACAAGCAGCAACAGAAAGGCUCAGCCGAUUACCGGUACGAGCGCUUCGAUUCGGUUUCCAGCACAUCGUCGACGGCGAUAAGUGAGCGGCGAAGAGCCCCUCGGCCUAAAUACACCGAUGAGGAGAUGUACUUCAUCUGGUAUCAUCGCGUUGAUCUUGAUGAAGACUGGAAGGAUUGCACAGAUGCGUUCAACAGUCAGUUCCCAGGGCAAGGACGCUCUGAGCGAAACACGCAGGGCAUUCAGUGCAAAUUCUAUCGAUUCAUCCACGCCAAAAAAUGCCCAACUGUGCGCGAACAACGACGGCUUAAAGAUGGCGAAUUCAUGGCUCGUGGUCGACCGUCUCGUGAACGGAUGCCCAAGUUUGGAGUUAUUGAAUGGUGUCGCGUAUGGUAUCCGUGGAUGAAAACCAAGCAUGCUAUUGCUGGUCUUCAACCAGGUCCGCAACUGACCCCGAUCGAACCAAACCACACCAUCAGUAGCACCAAGGACGCCUAUAACCACAACCACAACCUAGCUACUGCCUCUGAUAAGCGGAUGAUGAUGCGAACAUAUAGUCAUUCUUCUAUUUCCUCUUCGAUGGCUUCAGUCUCAUCCUCAGAACAGUCCACUCCUGAGCCAUACACACCGAGCUCUUACUCGGAAGAGAUAGUCAGUGAAGAAGAAGAGGAGGAGAUGGGAUACUAA